AUGAUGUGAAAUUUGGAUCUGACUGGAACAAGGUUUCACUUGAAAAAAAAAGAUCGAAAUAUCGAACUUUAUAAUACUUUCACUCGGUGAAGGUGGUACAUUCAAUCGUUUAAAAAUCAUUAUUCAAGUUUAAAAGUGCUUCCAAAAGACUAUGGCUGGAUCCGAACUGGAAAAAGCUUAUUUACCUAGUUGUUGGAGCAAACGAUGGGAUGCGGAGGAACUUUUGCAACAGUACUUAAGAAAAUGUGAAGAUAUUACAAAUAAGGCUCGAAGUUCCAUUAAUUGUGAACUAGAUAUUCCGUACAGCACUACUGAUCGUACAAAAUAUGAUAUUUAUGGGACAAAUCUACCAAAAGAUGCCCCAAUUUUUGUAUUUAUCCACGGUGGAUAUUGGCAAGAAUUUACAAAAGAUUUGUCGGCAUUCGCAGUCUCUACUUUUGUAUCUCAAGGAAUUAAAGUAAUCACAGGUGGUUACGAUUUAUGUCCAAAUGUUACACUGACUGAAAUAAUGUCGCAAACUAAAAUUCUCGUAGAGAAAAUUUUGAAAGAUGCAUAUUCCUCCGGCUCUCGAAGUGUUUGGAUCGCAGGCCACAGCGCAGGAGCGCAAAUGGCAGCAAGUCUUUUGCACGAUAAAAAUUGGCUUUCUGCAAUAACUCAAAAAGGUUACAAAAAAAUUCUUAAAGGAUUGAUUCUAAUUGGCGGAGUUUACGAUUUAAAACCCUUGCUGCUAACAAGUAUGAACGAAGCUUUAAAAUUAACUCCAGAAGAAAUAAAAUCAUUCAGCUUUGCCCCGAUUGAGCAGACUGACAAUUCGAAAAAAUCCGAAGAACCUAUACGAGAUAUAAAAGUCAUUCUUACAGUUGGAGAAUGCGAUUCUCCCGUCUUUAUAAAAGAAUCCAAAAGAUACGCACAGAGACUUCUUGAAUUUGUCGACAAUGUGGAAUUCGUCUUGCUUCGAAAUAAUACCGAUCACUUCGACAUAGUUGAAAAUCUUACACAGCCCGAUUUUCUACUAACGAAAUUAAUUCUCCAAAAUAUAAAAUCUCAAUGAGCGAAUAAAAUAAAAAAAUAAUUUUAGAAAGGAACGAAAUUUUAAUGCCUACAGGCCUCAUAGUCCCUAUGAGAUAAAAUAAGGGGAUCAAAGAGUACUUUUUGCCACGCUUAUGGUAUAUGAUUAGGAAAAUAUUUUUUAAAUAAAAAAAAAUUCAAUUAAUUUCUAUAAAAUUUGAAUGAAUUUA